AUGGCGCCCUUGCACGUCCCCAUGCGCCUCCUUGCUUGUGCCAUGCUCGGCUUCGUGACGGCCGAGAUGCGGGCGGACGACUUCCCCCACUACGACCUGGGCACCAUCCCGGCCUGGCAGGAUCUGGCCUCCCUUCGUGGUGCGCGCCCAGUUUCUCAGGUUCUGAGCAAGGCGGACUACCACCACCAGCUGAGGGCCUUGGACAUCCAGCAGCUCUACAGCGCAAUCGCAACAUUGAUGGCCACCUCCAAACCAUACUGGCCUGCGGAUGGGCCACAGGACGGCGAUGUGGCCAGCUAUGCGGGCCUCUUCGCCAGACUGGCUUGGCACUGCUCGGGGAGCUUCCGCAUGAUCAACGACACGCAUGCGGCUGGAGGCUGCGAGGGUGCACGGCAGCGCCAUUGGCCAGAGAACGAAUGGCGUGACAACACCAACUUGGACAAGGCCCGUGGGCUCUUGGCCGAAGUGAAGCUGCAGUUCGGCGACCGGGUGAGUUGGUCCGACCUCAUGACCUUCGCAGGCACCGUGGCCAUCAAGGCGAGCGGCGGCCCAGCCAAGAAGUUCUGCUUUGGGCGCCUGGACGACGUGAGCGGCGAUCGUUCCAUCCCCCUGGGCGUAGAGGGCGUGGCCCAGUGCUACGGCAGCAAGUUCUGCAAGUCCAACUUCGAGUGCCCCAACACCUUCCGGUGGUCGGAGCAGAACGACACGGAUCAUGCCCGCUGCAAGAUCGAGCAGCCCGAUCGCCUCCAGGCCAGCCAUUCUGUGGGUCUCAUCUACGUCUACCCCGAGGGCCCGGAGCUCAAGACCAGCGCCAAGGACUACAAGGCCUACUGGGUGCACAACCGCUCGCCGAGGCUCAGUGCCCUGGAGGUGAGGGACACCUUCCGGGAUCGCAUGGGCUGGACCGACCGCGAGACCGUCGCCCUCAUCGGCGGUGGCCACACUUUGGGCCGGACCCACGGCAACUGCAACCUCACCGGCACCAAAUGGGCGCAGACUCCGUACAACAACGUCGGCCCUUACUUUGAGGCCACGGCAGGAAGCCUCCGGGGACCCACGGAUGGCACCUGCGGAACAGGCCCUGAAGCGGGCUUCGGCAAGAACACCGUCUCCUCGGGUUUCGAGGGUCCUUGGACACGCAGCCCCUCGCGCUGGAACUACGACUUCUUCGAUGCCCUGCUGUCGGAGGAGUGGGUGCCUGCAAAGAGCCCGUAUGGCAAUGACCAGUGGCACACCCGCAACCACACGAGCGAGUUUGCCAAGACCAUGCGCCUGACCUCGGAUAUCUCGCUUGUUGCGGACGAGACCUACCACAAGAUCGUCCGAGAAUACGCCGCCGACCAUGCCCAGUUCGACGCGGACUUUGCUGAUGCUUGGUUCAAGCUGGUGCACAGAUCCGAGGAUCACCCCCACAAGGAUGACCUCGAGCAGGAUGCGGGGAUUUGCACCAGCUUUGAGUUCGUGACCCAGGCAAACUUCCUGCCAUGA